CCGCAGAUAUCCCCCAACCCCCAGAUCAUUUUCAUGGACUAUACACACAUGUACAGGCGAGCGUUGAUAGAGUCAGUAGCAACUUAUUAGUGGUGGUGAUUCCUCAGAAAAUUGGCAGCAAUUCAUCUCCUGAUAUCCUCCUCUCUCGCCGCCGAUGUCGAGUAUUCCUUUCGUGAGAUUAUGCAGGUAAUACAUUUGAUUUCAGUUGAGAAUAUGACCAAAAAAUAUCCCCUGUGUGGACACAUAGUAGCCGAGGCGAGGAGAACGCUUAUUAAGGAAACUCUUGAUCUAUAGUAGCUGAAUUUAGGAAAAAUGAUUUAUAUUUAUCUUGUCAGAUUCUAAUCUUCCAUCUCGUUUCAUUUGUGCAUAGUGCAUUUCCAUGGUUAUGCAAUCCUUGAAUUUUGGCUUUUCAUUUGCACCAUUUUUUGCUUUCCAUGCCUUAAUAUAUAUAUAGUCCGGGCCAUUGAAAGAUUAUUUGUGUGUCCUGUCAAAAUUUGAGGAUGUUUCACUGGAAAUAAUAUACUCGUGUUGUAUGUAUAUUCAGAGACCAGACUUCUCUCUCAAUCACUUUUAUUGCCACAAUCAUCACCUUUAUUCUAAGGGUUUUCAAUUCAUUUUGUAAAUUAGGACAAAAAAGUGUUAAUGGUCGGUGCCGGUGGAUGUCAGCUUUUCAAGACUUUUGCUCUCUUGGGCUUUCAAGAUAUUCGUAUAGUAAAUUUCUCUCCCUUUUAUCACGCUUAUGUAUUGUUUUUUGAUAGAGUCGAUGCUUCUUGUCUGCUUUGCCAAUGAUGCAUUUAUCUGCACAUAUUAUCAGAGAAAAUUAUGAUGAUGUAUGCUAUAUUGUCACUACCUCUGACGCAAGCUUCAGGAAACUGAAUAUGAGUUUGAUUAAUCUGAAUUUGGUUGAUUAUUAUGGCUUUUUGUUGGUCUGGCCUUUCAAGCCAGCCUUGUAAUCGUUUCUUAAGAAUGGUUCCGAUUUUAAUGGUGCUCGUUGUUGAAGUCUGAAGUUUCAACUCGGGCUCUAGAGGCGUAAAUGUAAUUAACAUAUCUUUAUAGAAUAUGAAGGCCUUCUUUACUUGAAUUUAAAUUAUCUAUAUUACUGUAUUCUUAUUCUUAUGUUUGUGAUUGUCGUUUCUUUGCAAUAUUUGUUCGUCAUCUCCUGUAUGAGGUUUCUAUAAUUGAGGAAAGAGAUUUAUCAAGCCUGCAGAGUCAAAUUAAGACAAAUAGAGGGAUCGGCUUUGCAGAAGGAUGUAGUUGGACAGCAGCUAACUGUGAGAAUGUUAAAAUUUCUAUACAUUCCAAAUUCGCUCAAUAUUAAAAUGAAGAUACUAAUUUGUAAGUUUGCAGGGGAGGAUUUUGGACACUGUUGCUAUUAUUUUCCUGAGGUUGUUCUUGGUUUUUCGCCGAAGGACUAUAAAAAAAAAUGGGUUAUGAUAUAUUUGUUGGGAGUUCAAAGGAAAAAAAAGAAGACACACACACAUAUCAAUUACUGGGAAUUGAAUGAUAAUCAGCUCUCUGGCCAUAUUCCACCAGCACUCGAGGAGCUCACAGAUUUGUUUGACCUAAAUGUUGCCAAGAACCAUCUUGAGGGGCCUAUACCUGAUAAUCUUAGCUCUUGCACUAAUCUUAAUAGCUUAAAUGUAUUUGGGGACAAGCUAAAUAGGACCAUACCCUCUGCAUUUAAAAGGCUUGAAAGUAUAACAUAUCUGGACCUCUCAAACAAAAGUAUCGCUGUUGCAACUCCUUGGCCAAUUGGUGAUUUGGAACAUCUUCUUAAACUGAAUUUGAGCAAGAACAAUCUAACUGGACUAAUAACUAUGGAGUUCAGUAAUCUAAGAAGCGUUAUAGAAAUAGAUCUUUCGCACAAUAACCUGUCUGGUCCUAUUUCUAAAGAGCUUAGCCAGCUGCAGAAUAUAUUUAGUCUAAAUGUUUCUUACAAUAACCUAGCCGGGGUAUUUCUCAAGGAAAGAACUUCUUGGGCUUUUCACCAGAUAGUUUCUUGGGAAAUUCACAAAUCUGUGGCUAUUCAACGAGCCGAGACUAUUACUGAUUUAUGUGAAGUUAUACUUCUCCUUCACUUCCCCUUGCUUAACCUAAGGGCAAGGAGAGUUGAAAGAGAGAAGCAUUGGGUAAGAUAAAAUUAUAUGGAAUAAUUAUUAAUGAGAGCUUGACAUAUAAGAUUGGAUGAUAUCAGCAGACUUUUGUUUUAGUAUAGAGAAAGAUUAGCUUUACACAUUUUUGUAUCAGUAAUAUACUCAUAUUAUGUUUAGAUCACGCAAAUCUUAUAAGACUUGAUGUGAAGUCUCAGAUAUGAAUAUUCUAUAUCUGAGAAGUUUGUUUUGAAAGACAAGUUUGAAAUGUUUUUGGCAAAUAACAUGUCUUUGUAGAGCAAAUUUUUUUUUUA